UUUAGCUUGUGGUUCUUCAUAUUAAACAACGUUAAAGCAUUGCUACCAUCUUGCUGCAAGCAUCUUCAAGAAUGCAUGAUUUUUCUCAUAUUUCAUGUUAUAUCUCUCAUCGGGAGUAUUAAGAUGGCUGGGCGUGCUAAUUACUGUUUACUUCAAACUGAAUUUAUGCGUCGCUCUAAUUCAAAACCGAGUCAAAAUGAAAAGCACAAGGUUACUCUUUAUGCGAACCGUGAUAAGCUGAGAAGUGUCUGGAAGCAAGAAUUUGAUAAUCAAUAUGAGUUUUAUCUUGCGGCUCUGAGAGCUGAGCAAGAUGUUUCUUAUUUGAUACAAGAGCACAAUGACUUAUUGAAAAAACUGGAACACGCAGAGUCCUUAAAUAUUGAACUGAGAAAAGAAAUACGUGUUCUAGGUCUUGAACUUUACAUGAUGUAUCAGCGGGAUGCCCAUAAUUCUAAUGUCAUUGAUAAUCUGCACUUGGUUGAUCACUGUGCAAUGGAAACAAAUCUGUUAAAAUCAGAAGUGCAAUUCAUGACAAAUGUAAUAGUGCAAGAAAGCUGUAAUCAGGAGCACAUGAAAGCCAUGCUGUCAGAUCAAUUACCACUUUUGAGAAGUAAAAUUGAAGAGGGUGCAGGAAUUAUGUGUAUACUGAAG